AUGAAGACAUGUUCACCGAUUAGUUGUUACCGAUUGUCAUUCAACUGUUCGUCCUUCAGUUACGCAAACCAGUGUCAUGUCUCCUCGCUGUUUGACGAUUUACUUCCAAGUUUAUACAGCUUUAAGGUUGAUCGCGAGGUAAGUGUCUACUACAGGAUCCAGCAUCUCAAUGACAUCACAGGAGGGAGAGGGAUGGGGAGGCAUUAGUAUCCUUCACGUGACAUUAGGCAGGUAUUUACACAGUGCGACCUUAAUUCAGCAUGCACUCUGACCUGUCGCCCCACCUGCACACAGAUGAGUGUAAUGAGCUCAUAAAGCGUCUGAAGCAGUGCCACUCAGAGCAUAACAUCCUGAAGUUCUUCGGGACGUGUAACGACGUUGACCGCGCCAUGCGCCAGUGCCUUAAGAAUGAGAGACUGGAAAGGCGGGAGCGCAGCAAACAGCAUGCACAAGCCAUGAAAAAGAGGUUGAAAGACGGACCCAAGGAACAGCUUUGAAAGACAUUUAUGCUGCAAAACUUGUGUCCGGUUGAUAUACCGAACUAAGCCUGCAUUGGUGUUUGGCCACAUAUACAGUGGAUAGAAAUAAUCGGCCUUCCUCUCUGUUCAAAUGCCAAGUUUUUGUGAUGUAUGAAAAUGAGACGAAGAAAAAUCUUUUUGAAACAUUUUACACCCUUAAUGUGGUCUAUAAACUGGAGAACUCAAUCUUUUGAAAAUAAAAAUAAACCACUGACAUAUUUUGGUGGAACAAG